CAGCGGCUGCUCGGCGUCACACACUUCCUCUUUUCGGCUUUCUCUCUUUUUCUCCUCAGUGAUUAUGGCUGCACUCAAACAUUACCAGCCAUGUUUGCAAAUUUGAAACCCAAAGGUUAGCGAUUUAUCCGUUUAUUAUUUACAUCGCAAACACCCUCUUCAUCCAUAGUGGUCUUCUGCCGGGGGACCAGAGGCGCUGUCUCUUGUACGAUCGGCAGAUAUCAAGAUGGAUACAAAUAACAAUUUUAACUACAGGCCUCACUCUUCUGUAUCCGCUAACUCAGGGCUGAAGCAUUCCUCAGGAGAUUCUCUCUAUACUAACGGGUCCUCAAUGAGCUUCCCCCAGCAAGGGAAAAACCUGAAUGGCGAUAUGAAUGUGAAUGGCGUCACUACUGCAGGUGGGUCCGGCCAAUCUGGCGCCCACCCUCCCUCUUCCUCGUACCCUCAUAUGAGCAACCAUCACCACCCUGGCAGCAUGGGAUAUGAGUAUCUGUGGGGCCAAUCGCAGUAUAACCCAGCCAUGGGCCCUACUCCUUCCCAAGGCAUGCACCAGAAACCAGGCGCACAGGGUGCGAUACAACCACAGCAGCCUCAACACCACUUCCAGGGCCACGGAUCGUACCAAGUCAACGGCAGCGUCGGACCUUCCCGCCAGCCUUCCGGGUCACAGUACUGGGCAAGGGGUAAUUCCCGGGAGCAGCAGGGGGGAUCUUCAAUGCCCAUGGGAUAUAACUCUCACACCAUGUAUGGAGCAUAUCCAAACCAGGGUCAUCCUGACAUUUCAUCGUCCCAACUUCACCAGCAGCCUGCAGGAGCACAUCAUCUCCAACACCAUUCGCUUCACCACUUGCAACACCAGCAGUCGCCGCCACAGCAGCAACAACAUUAUGGUUUAAUGCCUAAUGGAAUGCCCUAUUACCAGCACCCGUCACAAUCGCAGACACCGACUCAGAUGGCGCCACCCACCUCGCAGAGUUUUACACCUCCACGAGGAAGCCCGCAGCACCAUCAUGUGGGCAGUGGAGGCAGCAGUAGUCCCCUCCGAACGCAGGUCUCAAUGAGGUCUCCUUCUGCGAUGUCUGAGAGCAGCUCGCCUAAGAGCAGAGAGAUGCAAGCGCAUAUAAAUGAGAUGGAUAAAGGCUACAAUGGCGUUGAGAGAACUUCUGCAUCCCAACGGUUACUCAAAAGCGAGGGCUUGCCUGUUAAGCCCCCUGGCUCUGCUACUUCUACCGACUACAGUCAGGGUGUACAGCAGUCAGCCUUGGACCUGGAGCAACCUACAAAACAACAUCAUGAAAAGGCAGCCGCCCUGCAGGAUCUCAGUCCUUCUCGUGCGUCUGGACAACAUCCGGCACUUGCUAGUCCACCUCGGAAAACAUCAACCCUGCCCCAUCAAACAAUCCCUGGCCAGCAUCCACUUUCUCCUUUAAAUUCCGAUGUUACUGAAAUUUGUGCUUCAUCCACACCUAAGAUGGGUAUCGGAGCAAAUGUGUCGGCGUCUCCACCCUCUCCCCGCUCAUCACAAUUUCAGAUGGUCCAUAGCGAAAGACCUGCACCAUCAUCAGUCGGUUCCACUCCUGCAGGACCUGGUUCAUCUUCAAUGUCUUCUAAGACCUCAAAAGCUCCACCUGCUGUUUAUGACAGCCAUGGGAUGUUUUCCUCUAAGACUGUGCCUCUUCAAACGGUUCCUUUACCCCUCGAAGAGGCCCAAAGGUCAAAAAGUCCCAUCUCUCCAACACCUCUAUCUUUAACUGCAUCUGUUAUCACCACUCCUUCUGCACUGGCAACUCUUAAAGGACCCCAAGAGGCAUCACCUCUAACAGGCCAGAGUCCUAGACAUCCUGCUGCUUCCUCGACUCCAACAUCUGUUACCAAUAACACCUCUCUCCCUAAACACUCUACUUCGGCUGUGGAUAGACCUCCUCCCGCUCUAAGCUCUUUUCCUCAGGCAUCUUUAUCACCUCCCAGUGUUUCUUCUGCUGCAAAGGUGCCCGUUUCCCUCACCGGCUCUACAGCUCAACACUCGGACACCACAGCAAAUGCAGAUGUUUCUUAUAGUCAAGGAAGGGCUGGCUCUCGUGAAGACCUCCAAACCUUUGGAGAAUCGCAAUCUUGUGGUUCCCAGAGCAAAACUGGAUCUUUAAGUUUCACGUUCAAACAGGAUCCCAACAACAAGGCCCUAUUUGAAAUGCAAAGACAUGGUACAAACCUUGAACCAACUUUUAUUGUUCCAAAGGACCCUUCAAGAGACACUAUAAGAGUUGUCAAAAAGGACUCAAUGAACAUCAGAGAUCAGGCCACACCAAGGAAAGAAGAAUACGAUACUUUUGGCACUGACACAUCAACGGACUUCCCAUCAAGCUACAUGGAAAGCUCAAGAGCUGAAGAUGAGAGUUCAAUGAUGGACACUUUUGAUGAUUCUUACAGCCUUUCCCAGACUGAAGAAGACCAAUCAAAGUUUGAAGAAGAAUCCAUGACUGAUGAUUCCAGGUACAAGCGGGAUGAGGAUUCUUCUUGCAUGGACGAAAACUUGAACACCUCCGUUACCAGUUCCAGUGGCGAGAGUUCCCUCAGAAAUACCAUGUCAGAAACCACGGAUGACUUCUGCAACGAAACCUCACAAAAUAACUCCUCGCUGCUCUCUGCAUCUGUAAAUACUUCUACCCAGAGUAUCAAAGGUAAUGAGAUUCUUGGGAAACAGAAUGGAUCUGCAGCUCCAGACAUAUCUGGAGGUGAGAAAAGAUCACUGCUCUCUGCCAUGACGGUGAAGGAGCUUCAAGCUGUUGUCAGCGGUUCUGUUGAAGGGACGACCACACACAUACCACCCUCUCAAAUCUUAGUCGCUUUGCCAACAAAAAAGCCACGAAAACCUAGAACACCGAAGACUGUUGCAUCUGCUGAUGGUUCUCUUAAUUCCACGUCCAACAAGUUGACACCCGAUGGUCCAAAAGAGAAAAAAGUUAGGAGGAGAAAGAAAAACGAGGAGAAGCAACCGACUGCAACAAAAAGAAGAAAGCUUUCCAAAGAGCCUAUGGAACUGGAAAGUGGCCCUAUUGAUAUUUCGACUACUUUGAAUGCUCCACCUCAUCUUCUUAAUGGUCCAGUGAACUUUGUCCAUGCUCUCAGCAUGCCCAAUAUGGAGAUUCCCCUUGUUAAACCCAAGAAGAUCAGGAAGCGCAAACCAAAAGAUGGACAGACAGAGGCGAAACCUUCCAAACCACCCAAAAAUGAAGUUGCAGAAGCCAAAACCGAAGAAGAUGAUGAUGGUGGUGUUGAUGAUGAUGAAAACGGCUCCACUGCAGGUGAUAUCCGGAGGCGAAGGGUUGCAACUGAGGAGCAGGUCCAAUUUCCUCUGCAGUUUGGCUGGCGGCGAGAGAUUCGAGUCCGGAGACUUGAGGACCGCCUCAAAGGAGAGACGUGGUAUUACGGCCCCUGUGGUCGGAGGAUGAAACAGUUCCCUGAGGUCAUCAAGUAUCUGAAAAAACAUCAGGACAAUCUCCAGGGCGUUUCCAGAGAGCACUUCAGCUUCAGUCCACGCAUGCCAGUCGGGGAGUUUUAUGAGGAGCGGGAAACACCUGAGGGUAAGAAAUGGUUCGUCCUUGCCGACGAGGAAGUACCCUCCAUGAUCAUGGCAAUAACGGGCAGACGCGGACGUCCUCCGAAUCCAGACAAAGAGCCUCGUGCCCGCGCUCGCAGAGCCAGAGGAGGUCAAGGAAGGCGGCCAGGUAGACCUCCUAAGCUUAAGAUGGAGGACCUGCUCAGCAAAGUGGAUGCCCGACUGCUGAAUAGGCUACAGGCAAAGGAGGAUCUCACAGAGGAAGAGAAAGUGAAACUGGUUAAGAUUAAGAAGAAGAUGAAGAGAAAGGCGAGACUGAAAAGAAAGGAGGAUGCAAAGAACAAGAAGAUCAGACAGGAGAAAAGAAAAGCCAAACUGGAUAAAGCCAGUGAACAGACUGAUGAAGGGCAAACUUUGAGCCAGUCAUCAGAUAAAGAGAGCUCUCAAGUGCCCCCCAAGAAGCCUGGACGCAGGAGGAAGGUCGUAGUUCCGGCAGCAGACACGUUUGACCCGGAGACUGCCAGUCCUAUAAAGACCGUGGCGAGGGCCCGCAGCAAAGCCAAAGCUCUUGCCAAAGCCCAAGCGCAGGCGGAGGCCGAAGCACAGGCUGCGCUCGCAGCUAAGAGACAGGCGGAGAGAAGAGCACAAGCUCAGAGACGCAUGGAGGAGAGGAAGAGACAGCAGUUAAUCAUAGAGGAGAUGAAGAAACCUGCAGAAGACAUGUGUCUGCCCGAUCAUACUGUGAGCACACCACCAUACUGAAAUAUAGCUUUACAU